AUGAGGUCCACUACUCUCAUCGCUGCCUUUGCGGCCCUUGUCAAGGCUCAGUCUGGCCUUGACUUCGAUAUGAUCGAUGCGGCCCCUGAUCCGCCUAUUGCCACAGUUCCCAUCGGAGCUGCUGCCGCAACUGUCGUCUCUUACGAUGCCAACGCGGCGGCUGCUAGUGUCUCUUCCGAUGUCAAGGCCAGCCCGCUUCCUCAGGAGACUGCGCCGGCGAUGGCAACUUCUGCCGCAAAGAUGAAGAAGAGUCUUGUCCAACGCAGCCCAUGCAGUCCUCAGCCCGCCGGAAACGGUCCCGUGCCAAACCCCGAUACCUCCGCCGCGUUUCUGAGCUCUACCGACCUUUCGAACGCUGCCAACAACGCCCCGACCCCUGAUGGCUACGUCAACACCUUCAAGAACCUGCAGGCCUCCAGCAGUGCUUACGGCUACAUGGGUUACACCACCCUCAAUGCUUACGACACCAAGGUCUGCGCUUCCAAGUGUGACGCCAUCAACGGCUGCAUCGCCUUCAACAUCUACUUUGAGCGUGACCCUUCCAUCGAACCUGCCGACAGCUGCCCCAACCCCUCGAGCACCAACGUCAUCAAGUGUGUCUUCUGGGGCGGUCUCGUUGACCAGAACAAUGCCAACAACCGUGGCCAGUGGCGCAACAACUUUGAGGUCGUCAUCGCUGGAUCCAACGGUUAUGUAGUCAGGCGCGCCGCGGACCAGCCCGGCUACAAUUCCGCAAUCAACUUGGGAGAUGCCGCCAUCAACGCACCCUCCGACUGCGCCGGCUUCGAUACUUUCAUGGGUUCCAAGAUUUUCACCAACGGUCCUUUCGAUCCCAAGCUUUGCGCUGCUGCCUGCACAGCUCAGUCUGAAUACAACCUCGCGCACCCUCCCCAGAACGCCCCGGCGCAGACUUGCCAGUUCUUCAACACCUUUUUCGUCUUGAAGAACGGAAUUCCCGAGGGACAAUACUGCUCACUGUACUCCAAGGCUUGGGACGUCAGCUACGCUACCAACACUGGUCAAUGGCGCGGCAACGACCGGUACACGAUCUUCCACAGCUUCUCAUACACCAACUCGACGAAUCCCGGAAAGCCUAGAAUUCCUUGCCCCGUUGCCAGUGCCAGCUCUACCAUUGUCCAGUCCACCCUUCAGCCUUACUGCUCGACUCUCCUAGGCUACACGACCCCGACGACCACCGCGACCCAGACUGCAUUCGCCACUGUCCCUUCGACUACUGUCACUUCCACAGUCACCCCUCUGGCCUCUACGACGACUACCACCACCCAGCUCGUUGCCGUCACUAAGCAGCUGAAGCGUGCGCUGGCUCCUCGCCCUACCACCACUUGCCUUCACGACGAUGAGACUCCUGAAGACCACUCUUACCAGAUUUCCCAAGGUCUUCGGGCUCGCGAUGACAGCCCGCUUGUCAACGGUACUACGGAGAAUGGACAUUUCGUCGAUAUGGAUGUCCCAGUCGAUAUGACAAACACCACGAGUCCUUCCAAGAGGAGGAUUCGCCGCGACGGCACGCCUGCUGGUCUUGCUGCAUUCCCUGCUGAUGUUAUCUCCUCCGCUUGCUCCCUGGUCGCCACCCCAGUGACUACAACUGUCACCGCCUCAGCCACCACCACCCAGACUGUUGUGAGUGGUGCGGCUUUGGCCACCACCACUGCUCCCACAAGCACCAUCGUUGUCGUCCAGACCGUCACUUCCACCACUACCAUCAACGUGGCUCCUAACGCGCCUACUGGUGCCAUCGGCUACCUUACCGUCAACCCCGUCGUGAACUCCCCCGCCCGUUACGUUCUUUCCGACGACUCGACUCACAUGACGGACAACUGGUACAGACAAGGACAACGUGAGACUUUCAUCGUCGCCGCGGACGGCACUCUCUACUCGGUCACCAACAACUCAUACUACUACAUCCAAAAUUACGAGAUGAGCUUGGUCUACUGGUCCAACUCCAAGAGCGCGGCGCAAUCAGGCUUCACUGCCACUCCUCUCGGCGAUGGAACCUCCAAGGUUACCCUUAGCUCGGGUGGCAAGAACUGGAAGUUCUGCCUGCGAACGGUGUCCACCGGUGACGGGAACUCGGGCGCUGGUAUGCACAUGCGCGCAUACAGCGGUACGAACACGUAUGGCACAGGGUGUGUUGACGUUGACUUGAUCAUCGUUCCUGUUUAA